AUGAGAUCACGUAACCGAGUAACUGGACGGUUGCAUUUGGUUUUAUUUUUCCGAAAGAAAGAAGAAAUUAACCAGUCGGUGAGAUCUGUCAACAUGGGGAGUAAACUAGAAAUCCUAGUAAUUUCAAUGUUCUUGUCAACCCUUUUCUACACUCCGGUAUUUUCCACAUCAACUGAUGGGCUUGUUAGGAUUGGACUGAAAAAAGUGAAAACCGAACGAACAGAUGAUAUAGCUUCCCUCCUUGCUUUGAAUAAUGCAUUGAAGAACUAUAUGGAUGCUCAAUAUUUUGGUGAGAUAGGCAUUGGCACCCCACCUCAGAAGUUCAAAGUCGUAUUUGACACGGGUAGUUCUAACUUGUGGGUGCCAUCGUCUGAAUGUUCAUAUUCGGUAUCUUGCUAUUUCCACACAAAAUACCAGUCAAGUCAAUCAAGCACCUACAAAAUGAAUGGAAAACAUGCUAUUAUUGAAUAUGGAGGUGAAUCUAUAUCUGGAUAUUUUAGUGAAGACAACAUCAAAGUCGGAGAUAUAGUUAUUGAGGAUCAGGUGAAUAUGAAAACUUUUUCCCAUGAAAAUUUGAAUUUAGACUUGGCUUGGUUUAAAUUUUAA